AUGUCAUUAGACGCUAAGAUCGAUCAAGAAAUCCUUUCAUCGACACCACCAACUAGACGUAACUUUCUUAUUGUACCAUCGUUUAAUCCCGAACGCCGUCAUUCAUGGGGAAAUGUUAUCUUACAUCCAUGUCACAGAACCAAAAAGAUGACGACGUCACUGAUAUAUUGCUGUCUUUGCUUCGGCGUUGUUGGUUUGAUAGUUAUUGCUGUUGAAACAGCACUGAUGAGAACUGUUGCAAUAAAGUCAAUCACGAGUGUCACCAAUAGUCCUCCACCGCCGGUCAUUUCGAUCACCCGGUCGUCAUCAUCGUCGGAACUUUUAGCUGCAACAAUUCGACCAUUCCUUGUUGAGCGAGAGAAGCAACUAGCAUUAACACAAAUUCCAGCAGCUCGCGCAUCGGUUUCGUCAACAACACCGCGUUCUUUCCCAUUUCGAUGUUGCGGCGGAAGAAAACAUCCAUCACAGAUUCCGCUAGUCGAGUCAAUAUCUACGACUGGUCAUCAACGUCGAAAAAGUUCGACACCGAGUAUUCCUUCACGUCCUCUUCCAUCAUCAUUGAUUCAAAAUCAUCAAACGACAAAUCCAAAGCCGACAUCAACAUCAUCUUCAGCAAAGCCGCGAGCUUCGACGAAGAAGCAUCAUCGACGACGUGGAAUGGCCUCGGUUUGUGUCUCAUGCGUUUCCUCAAAUCAUAAUCGACGAUCGAGUUUAACCAGAGACGAUUCGAUUGCAAUCCCUGCUCAUUCUUCUCCAAAUUCUUCAUCUCGUACUCCACCUCUAUUACUCCGUCUCGGACAGAUUAUACUAAGACGACGAAUAAAUUCGAACACUAAUCAUAACAGGGAGACGACAAAAACCACGAAUAACAAAAUCAGGUAA